UUUUUUUUUUUUCUUUUUCCCCAAAAUGUCGAUUUCAAACACGUUAAAUUCGAAGUAAAUUUCGGAAAAUUGUAUGAAAAUCUAUGGAAUUUACUACAAGAGAUACAAUGGCUCCAAUAAAUAAAGAACAACUAGCACAGUUGAGGCAAUUUGUAGAUCUUUGCAAAGAAAAUCCGGCUGUUCUACAUAUGCCAGAAUUACAUUUUUUUAAGGAUUAUAUGGAAAGUUUAGGAGCAACUAUUCCGAAGAUGCCUAGCGAACCGGAAGAAGAAUCAAAACCAGAACAACAACCAGAAGAACAACCAGAAGAAAUAACUACAGAGCCUGAAGAGACACCGAAUCCACCAUCCACCGAAAAAAGCGAAAGUGAAGAAAGCGAUAUUGAAUUAGAUAAUUCAGGCGUAAUCGAGCCUGAUUCUGACGAACCUCUCCCUAUGGGCGAUGAAAGCAAAGACGUAACGGAUGAAAUGAUCGAAGAAAGUAACGAAAAGAGAUCACAGGCAAUGAGCGUUGCUUCCGAAGGAAAAUUUGAAGAAGCAAUUAAUCUUUACACCGAAGCUAUACAGCUGAAUCCACAAAGUGCAGCUUUAUAUGCAAAAAGAGCAGGAUUAUUUCUUAAACUACAAAAACCAAAUGCAGCUAUUAGAGAUUGUAACAAAGCAUUGGAACUAAAUCCUGAUCAGCCCAUAGCUUAUAAAUUUCGUGGCAGAGCUCAAAGAUUGCUUGGAAAUUGGGUUGAGGCAGCUAAAGAUUUAAGCAUGGCUUGCAACUUGGAUUACAGCGAAGAAGCAAAUGAAUGGUUGAAAGAAGUAACACCUAAUGCAAAAAAAAUACAGGAACACAAGAGGAAAUAUGAGAGGAAGCAGGAGAUAAAAUUACUGAAGGAAAGGGAAGAGAAAAUGAAAAAGAUUCAAGAAGAAAGGGAGAAAGCUGCAAAAGAAGCUCAAGAACAGCAGCAAAAAGCAGGUGAUUUUGGAGGUUUUCCUGGAGGAAUGCCAUUUACACCAAAUAUCCAACAGAUACUUCAAGAUCCAGAAAUUGUGCAAGCUUUUCAGAAUUAUAUGAAUAAUUUAGGAGCAACUAUUCCGAAGAUGCCUAGCGAACCGGAAGAAGAAUCAAAACCAGAAGAACAACCAGAAGAACAACCAGAAGAAAUAACUACAGAGCCUGAAGAGACACCGAAUCCACCAUCCACCGAAAAAAGCGAAAGUGAAGAAAGCGAUAUUGAAUUAGAUAAUUCAGGCGUAAUCGAGCCUGAUUCUGACGAACCUCUCCCUAUGGGCGAUGAAAGCAAAGACGUAACGGAUGAAAUGAUCGAAGAAAGUAACGAAAAGAGAUCACAGGCAAUGAGCGUUGCUUCCGAAGGAAAAUUUGAAGAAGCAAUUAAUCUUUACACCGAAGCUAUACAGCUGAAUCCACAAAGUGCAGCUUUAUAUGCAAAAAGAGCAGGAUUAUUUCUUAAACUACAAAAACCAAAUGCAGCUAUUAGAGAUUGUAACAAAGCAUUGGAACUAAAUCCUGAUCAGCCCAUAGCUUAUAAAUUUCGUGGCAGAGCUCAAAGAUUGCUUGGAAAUUGGGUUGAGGCAGCUAAAGAUUUAAGCAUGGCUUGCAACUUGGAUUACAGCGAAGAAGCAAAUGAAUGGUUGAAAGAAGUAACACCUAAUGCAAAAAAAAUACAGGAACACAAGAGGAAAUAUGAGAGGAAGCAGGAGAUAAAAUUACUGAAGGAAAGGGAAGAGAAAAUGAAAAAGAUUCAAGAAGAAAGGGAGAAAGCUGCAAAAGAAGCUCAAGAACAGCAGCAAAAAGCAGGUGAUUUUGGAGGUUUUCCUGGAGGAAUGCCAUUUACACCAAAUAUCCAACAGAUACUUCAAGAUCCAGAAAUUGUGCAAGCUUUUCAGGAUCCCGAAGUGGCCGCAGCUUUCAGCGACAUCACUCGCAAUCCGGCUAAUAUAAGCAAGUACCAGUCUAAUCCAAAAGUGCAAAGAAUCGUGAAUAAAAUCGCUUCGAAAAUGGGUGGAUCCAUGCCAAAUUUCAAUUGAAUUUAAUACCGAUUCGAAUGUAAUUGAUUUCGUAAUUUGUUCAUAAUUUUGUGUUUACUAUGUGUAAAGACAAAUUCCAGUACAAGUAAUGUGAUUUUUGUUUUUUUUUUUUAUUUUAUAUAUAUAUAUAGAAUCCAAAUUAAUACUUUGUUCAUAUUAUUAUUAUUAUUCUGGAUUUUAUAAAUCAAAACAUUGGAAACUUGUUUAGUUAAAUGAUUUAUGAUUGAUAACUCCUUUCGGUGUUAAAGGAAGACUCAGGAUUAAUACUAAAAGACGGACUUAAUAUUAAAAAUAAUAUCUGUUAUAUCAGUACAAUAUUCAAUGCUGUUAGAUGGCUAAAAAUGUAAAUAAUAAAUGUUACAGUUACUGUAAUAAGAAUAGCUUAAAAUAGUUUAAAAAAAAAAAAACAACUGCUUUUCUAAAUUUUGACACAGUCGAAAUAUCAUUUUAGUACGAAAAAAAAUAGGAUCUAAUACAAUUUAUGAUGUUUCCACAUAUAUCUUUUCUUUAAACUAUUAUUCCUAAUGAUUUUCUACUCUUGUUUAUAAUAAAUCUAAUUUAAAUUCAA